AUGCUAACCACCAUCGUAGCAAUCUGCGGUAGUGACUUGCACAUGUACCAAGGCCGUACAGCAGCAGAGUCGGGUCUCGUCUUUGGUCAUGAGAACAUGGGCAUCGUCACCGAAAUCGGCUCGGGUGUGACCCUGCUCAAGAAAGGCGAUCGUAUCGUGCUACCAUUCAACGUGGCCGAUGGUAGAUGUAGAAACUGCGAACAGGGCAAGACCGCCUUCUGCACUGGUGUCAACCCUGGCUUCGCUGGUGGUGCUUAUGGCUACGUAGCCAUGGGGCCUUACCAAGGAGGUCAAGCACAGUACCUUCGUGUGCCAUAUGCCGACUUCAACGCUCUUGUCCUGCCUCCUGGCACUGACAACGAGGCUGAUUUCGCUCUCUUGGCUGAUAUUUUCCCUACCGGCUGGCACGGUCUCCAACUAUCAGGCUUCCAACCUGGUGACAGUGUCGCAGUCUUUGGUGCCGGCCCCGUAGGUCUGAUGGCCGCAUACUCUGCUGUGCUUCGAGGAGCUAGUAAGGUCUACGUUGUUGACCAAGUCAAGGAGAGAUUGGAUGCUGCUAAGAAGAUUGGUUGCGAGGGCGUCGACUUCACAAAGGGCGAUCCCGUUGAGCAAAUUAUCAAGCUGAACGGUGGAGAGAUGGUCGACCGCGCCGUCGAUGCUGUCGGUUAUCAAGCUGUUGACAAGAGCGGUAACAAGGAACAACCCAACAUUGUUCUUGACCAACUUAUCCGUGUUACCAGAGCUACUGGCGGUCUUGGUAUUCCGGGACUCUACGUGCCCUCUGACCCUGGUGCUCCUGACUCGCAAUCUGCCAAAGGACAAAUCUUGAUCUCCUUCGGCAAGCUCUUCGAAAAGGGUCUGUUUUUGGGCACUGGCCAGUGCAACGUCAAGGCGUACAACCGUCAACUUCGCGACCUCAUUAUCUCCGGCCGUGCUAAGCCUUCCUUCGUUGUAUCCCACGAGGUCGACAUCGAUGACGCCAUUGACGCUUACGAAAAGUUCGACAAGAGAAUCGACGGCUACACCAAGGUCUUGCUUCAUCCUAACGGACCUCUAAGCUCAUUCUCCAUCUAG